AUGGAUCGUCAUUGGAUAAAUAUACCAAAUAAACUUUCAGCAGAAUAUGCUGCUGGAAUGAAUGAAUUCAUUAGUGUUGCAAGACACUCCAUGGACUCCAAUGGGAUGGUUCUAUGCCCUUGUUGUCGAUGCGUGAAUAAGAAAUCACAAUACAUGCAUGUGAUAAAGUUGCACUUGAUCACUCAUGGAUUUCUUAGUACUUACACAAGGUGGUAUCACCAUGGUGAGCAAGUAGAGGAAGUAGAAGAUGAUGGAUUAUUUGAUACUGAGGAUAAUGUCGAAGAUAUUGAUCAGAGUGAUGAUUUGGCGGCAGGUCUUCAUGAUGCUAUUGGUAGUAAGUAUUUUGACAUUGGUCCAACUAGUGACUUCAAUGAUGAAUCUCCACUUAAUGUGGAUGACAAGUAUGAUGCAUUGUUUGAGUCCCUUCAUAAGCCUUUGUACAAUAAUUGUAAAGGUUUCUCUGUCUUAAGCGCGACGGUGAAGUUGAUGAAUCUCAAAGUGCUUAACAAAUGGACAGAUAAAUCAUUCGACGGUCUUUUGGAGUGUUUGAGAGAGAUAUUGCCCGAGGGUAAUCAGUGCCCAGGGAAUUAUUACCAGACGAGGAAGCUUCUUUGUGAGGUGGGCUUAGGCUAUGAGCAAAUUGAUGUUUGUCAAUACGAUUGUGCAUUGUUUUAUGGUGAGAAUGCAAAUGCAGUGUCAUGUCCUGUAUGCAAGUCUAGUCGUUAUGUACGAAAUCAAAUCCCACAUAAACGACUUAGAUGGUUCCCAAUCAAGGCACGACUUAAGAGAAUGUUUAGUUCGAAGCACACUUCUAAAGAUAUGCGAUGGCAUAAAGAGGUACGAAAAAAUGAAGCUGGGAUUUUACGUCAUCCUGCUGAUGGGGAUGCUUGGAAGCAUUUCGACAAUGUGUAUCCUGACUUUGCAGCUGAUUCUAGGAGUGUACGAAUGGGGUUGACGUCAGAUGGGUUUAACCCUUUCUCUAAUAUGACAUCAACCUAUAGUUUGUGGCCAGUGAUAUUAAUUCCGUACAAUAUGCCACCUUGGGCUUCUCCUAAUGGAACAAACUAUCUCAUGUCUUUGUUAAUUCCAGGCCCUAAAUCUCCUGGAAAAGAUUAUGAUGUGUUCUUGAGGUCAUUAAUUGAAGAGCUUAAAGAGUUAUGGGAUGGAGUCAAUGCAUAUGAUUUGUAUGGUCAAUGCAUGUUUAAACUUGGAGCUGCAAUCUUGUGGACAAUUAGUGAUUUUCCUGCUUAUGCAUACUUGUCUGGGUGGAGCACUGCUGGUAAAUUAGCAUGUCCUGUUUGUCUUGAAGAUACAAGAUCUAGAAGAAUAACUGACAAACAAUGUUUCAUGGGACAUCGAUGUUAUUUGAAAAGAAACCAUUCUUGGAGAAAAAGUAAAGAAUAUGAUGGAUCUACUGAAUUACGUGGCCCUCCUAGAACUUUUACUGGUGACGACAUUUUAAAGCAAUUGGAUGAAAUUCCUAUUCAUACCCCUGGUAAAGCACCAAGUAAUUCUUCUAGAAAACGUAAGCGUGGAGAGAAAGAGCUGCAUUGGUGUAAAAGAAGUGUUUUGUUUGAAUUGCCAUACUGGUCAAAGCUCUUGCUGCGUCACAAUCUUGAUGUGAUGCAUAUAGAGAAAAAUGUAUGUGAUAACAUUAUUGGAACACUUUUAGACAUUGAAGGUAAAUCGAAAGACACUUUAAAAGCUCGUAAGGAUUUACAAAAUCUUAAUAUUCGUGAAGAGCUUUGGCUGAAGAAGGACCUAUCUAAUAACAAGCUUGAAAAACCUUAUGCUAGUUACACUUUGACGAGAGAAGAAUGCAAAGAUUUUUGUAAAUUCAUUCAAAGUGUUAGAUUACCGGAUGGAUAUGCUUCGAAUAUUAGUCGAUGUGUAACAGAUAAUGACAAACUAGGAGGAAUGAAAACUCAUGAUUGUCAUGUUUUACUUCAUAAGAUAUUACCAGCUGCAUUACUUCCUUUUCUGACAGACAACAUUCGUGGUACUUUGAUUGAACUCUGCCAAUUCUUUCAAAAAAUUUGUGCAAAAACAUUACAAAUUUCUGACAUAGAAGAAUUGAGAGAUGGAAUUGUAAUAAUUUUGUGCAAGUUGGAAAAGAUAUUUCCCCCAUCAUUUUUUACCAUAAUGGUUCAUCUUUGUGUUCACCUACCCGAUCAAGUGUUAUUAGGUGGUCCAGUUGCUUCGAGAUGGAUGUUUGGGACAGAACGCCAUAUGGGUUUAUACAAGAAAUAUGUGAGAAACAUGUCUCGGCCUGAUGGUUCAAUAGCAGAAGCUUUUGUUGUAGAUGAAGCUGUAACUUUCUUGUCAAGAUAUGUUUCUAACAUAGAGACAAGAUUCACAAGACCCGAGCGUAAUUGGGAUAUACCUUCUCCAAAUCAUAAGUUAGAUGUUUUCAACUCCAAUGUUCGUCCAUUAGGGGCAUCUACUAUCAAAUUGCUUCAAAAUUGGAGACAAGUCGUUCAAUGGUAUAUAUUGAACAAUUCUGUAGAUGAUAUCCAACAUUUUAUCGAUGAUCAUAUAAAGUUGUUGGAAGAAAAAGGUCUUUCAGAUUCAGAAGUUGCCUUAGAGCACAAAGAACAAUUUCCUUCUUGGUUUAAGAAUAAAGUGUCUCAAAUGCGAGUUCAAAAAUCACCUCUUGCCAAUGAUGAUUUGUACUCUUUAUCUCAAGGUGAUCAUGACAAUAUUAAUAUCCUAUACUAUGGUGCCUUGAUUGAGAUUUUGCAGUUGUCAUUCGUUUUAGAUCGGAAGGUGUUCUUAUUUCGUUGCAAGUGGUAUAACUCUAAUCCAAAAGGUAGAUCAAUUGUUGUGGAACAUUAUUUGACUUCCAUCAAUACAUCUACUGAUUGGUAUUCUAAUGAACCAUUUAUCUUGGCAACUCAAGCACAACAAGUUUUCUAUUUGCUUGAUAUGAAGCGUGGUUCAAAUUGGCGGAUUGUUCAAAAAGUAAAUCAUCGAUCUAUUUAUGACAUUCCUGAAAUUAUGGAAGAGACAGUAAAUAAUGAUGUGUUUCAAGAAGAAGAAUCAUUUCAAUUGCCACCUUUUCAACCAACUGAGGAUUUCAUUGAAAGUUCGUCUUUAGUUCGAUUAGAUGUUCCUUCUGUAACUCUUUCAGACCAACUUGUUGUUGAUUUAUUUUUAAACCAAAAUCAAAAUGUUGACAAGGAUAGUGACUUAGAUGAAGAUUUUGAUGAAGGAAAUAUAUUCUCUAAUAAUGAAACAUUUCUCUCAAGUGAUGACACCAAAAGUUAUACAGAAUCAGAAUGUGAUGAUGAUGCAGAUUCUUAA